AUGUCUAACACAGUAAAUGGAGGAAGUCACAGCUCCACUGAGUCUUUAAAUGGCGAGUGUAAACAUUCUAAACCGCGCUUUCGAGGAGAUUUUGUCUUUUGUUAUCGCUUCGUCAAAUAAUAUUAGCAGCUUAACUCUCGCUCAUGUCCGCUGUCUUUUCUUCUUUCGUACAGGGUCGUGGGUGAAAUUAGACGGUUCGUUUAGAAACGGCAAUGGAGCUCAACAUUCUCCAGUGAUUUCCGAGGACGGUGCUGUGGAAGAUCUACUUGCCGAAGCUGUCGAGGAGCAAUCGAAGCAAGGAUCAAGGUAACUGAUUACAAAGCGCUGGGAUGUGGUUUGAAAACUGAUUGUAUUUCUAAGCGGAUGUUGAUUUAAAGAAUACGUUUGUUCAUAACGAUAUGACUAACGUUUCUUUUUUUCAUUAAAAGUGGUGAGAAAAGUCCAUUUGGUUCACCGCGAGGCGAAGAAUGUGCACAAGGACUUCUAAGAACAGUGAGUAAACCGUUGUUUGUCGCAUACUAGAUUUUUCAUGUCGCGCGAUGUAAGCUUGGGCUUAAGCUUAUAUUUGAAAACGCUUUGCCGUAUAAAAGACCAAUUUAUUUACUCAAAGUCCUCACUAAAAUUGUUCUGUGAUUAAUGGAUUAAAGCUGUCUUUGACAGCAAUAUAAAUGUGUGGAAAGAGGGGAUAUUAGUUGCGUGUAUAAUGAUCCUCUGCAUUGUCGGCCUAUAAAAAGUAUGCACGAAAAUAUUACACGGUUAAUACUUGUAUGGCACUCAAGGCCUUCUGAUAUGAUCUCUCGUAAAUUAUCUUGGAGUAGUGUAUUCCGAUUUCGAUUGAUUGAACUGAGAAUUUUUUUUAAGGUUUUAAAAUUUCAUUGCAUGGGAUAGAAACGGGAUUGGCGGAGGGUCGGCGUGUGAACAGGGGUACAGUACAUCAAAAACCCGGUUCGUCAGCCACCCCAGCUUAGCUGAAAUUGUUACAUGGAAUCGGAGAAGGUGGACCAAAACUUUAGAAAUAUGUUUUACAGCCCUGCUAUAUCAUAAUGGCAGUAAAGAACUUGCAUGUCAUAUUUUGUUCAUGUGCUUGCUGUAUAUAUUGGGUCUACUUUGUUUAAAAGUCAAUAAAAUGAUUCAGUGGUGAAUUAUGGCAUUUUUUUUCUUCAAAGGCCCUUUGUUCAGUCACUCUUUUGAGUUAUGACCCAGUUUUGGAUAAAGCAGUUCCCUUAAGGUUAUUGAACCUUGACCCUUUGACUGAACAGUAAGAGCACAAAAAAAUAUGCAACUGUCACCAUGACCAAGUGUUACAUGUGAUAAAAAUUGGAGACCCCAGAUGGGUUUCUGAAAGCCUGAUUGGCUAAUCCAGGAAUAACACUUUUAUUAGUCACCAUUUUCACAUACAAUAGGCUAUGACAUCUUGUUUACCCUCCCCCCAAAAAAAAGAAAAACAAAAACAAUUGCAUAACCAUUAAUGUCUGAUUUCUCUGGGGAUAUAAACUGUAAGACUAGAACAAUGGUUAUGCAAAAUUUUGUGGGGUGAACAAGGUGCAUUAUGGCCUAUGUGAAAAUGGUGAAUGUGAGAUUGUAUUUGCAUUACUGUGCAUUAACACUUUUAAUAUUGUGUAGUGAACAACUGGAUCUUGGAGUUGAGGAUCAUCAAUAUUUUUAUUUCAGCUACGUGCCUGUUUGACCUAUAAAACAAGAUCAUUUGCUUAAAAUUUAGCUCAACCCUUGCGAUAAAAAUAACCAUCUUUUGAGGAACUGUUCCUUCACCUUCAAUGACUAGCUGGCAUGGAAUGUUCCCCUUUCAAGUCAGAGAGAUUAUUAGAAGCAUUACUUCAUUAUACCCUCUACAGGUGAACGCACAUUAACCCUUCCACAGGCAAUUGUCACUGGUCUGACUCUCCUAACAGUGCAUAAUAAUUUAUGCUAUUUGGCUUGUCAUGCAAAGUUGCUUCCAAAUGUUUAGGAAAAUCUUUCAGCACCUUGCAAUUCCUAACAUUUUUUAUCCUUAAAAUAUUAUUUUUAUAUGAUUAUAUUCCAGGCUGAUCAAGUUCUUCCUCAGGAGCAAAACACUGAUUGGAUCUGGGAGUGGUCCAGUCGAAUUGAGGUGCAACCUCAAAAGUAAGAACUUUAAAUUAUAUCUCAUUGUGCAUCUUCAGUUGAGAUACUAAGGGCACUUUCCAUUUACCAGAACUGACUGGCCAGUCUAUUCCUGCCAUAAUGGGAAUUUUACUUUUAAUCAAAACUAUCCAGCCAGAUCAGACAAAUCCUAAAUAGUAUGCACGAAGUGGAUGCAUGGUUUAUCAGCAAAAACACCUUGAAAAAGCCAAUUUCAUUUGCUAAUGGACUGGUCCGGCCAGCCAAUUCUGACAGAUGGAAAGCACCCUGAGAAAUACUGUAAGAUUAUUUGCCUCAGUUUCAGUUUCUUGCUUUUAAUAAUUUUAUUGUGUUUUAAUAGGAAGUCCGUAUAUUAUUACUUUAUAUUAAAAUAAUAAAUUAUUACUGACUACCGAUAAUAUUUUAAGUUAGAGAUGUCUUUAAAUAACCCGUAACACCUGUAACGGCUAAGCUCACACAAAAUUAUAAGUGAUCGAAAUGGAAAGUUAAAUAUGUCCACAUUACUAUCAUUAUUUUUUUUGUCAUAAUUUGUGAGAUGUUAUGGGUAAAUCUUCAGUUGCUACAGCUGCUUCAAGACGUAAUGACUGAGCCCCAAAAAUAAAAUUAAAUUGAUACUAAGGUUUAUUAGUUAUAAUGACUGCUUUUAUUUAAUCAUAAGGGUUUGAGAAAUGAUUGGUGUUAAUUAUUGAAAACUAAAUAGGGAGUGGAAGAUGCAACAUCCAAGAAAAAAAUCCAAACCGCGUGGCACCCCACUCAGCAUCAGAGGAACAAAGGUUAUGAAAAGGUACCAGUAAUUUUUACAAAACUAAGCAUUGCAGUAGUAACUAAACUUGUCUACUUAUUAAGCCGCACCCCAUCAGCCUACAGAACUGUUGAAAUUACUAUGGGAGAUCAGCACAGAAAGUAGAGUGCAUGAAAAAGAUUGAGUGAAUAAGACAACAAAUGAGGAUCAGAUGUGCUGACUUAUUUGGCUUGCUCUUACUACAAACUCUAAGUCAGUGGAUAAGAAAAUUAUUGUUAAAUGCUGUUAUUCUCUGCUGAAAGGUGGUUUUAUUCAGCUAAUACGUCUUUUGUCCAGUAAUGGGUACAGUUGUUCAAAAGGUGGAUAAUGUUCCCUAAUUAAUAUUGAAGAACAAGGCUAGAACAACCAGGGGAGUGAUUGAAUAUGAGUAUACAUGUGUAUGAAAUUUAACCAACAUACGCAUAAUUAUUUGCAUAGGUAAUACCAUGAUUUGUAGUGAUAUUUGGCAUAAGUACCACAAGUGAUAUUCCAAAAUUGUUAUGCGUAAUUUCGCAAUUUGAGACAAUUUUGAAAUAUCGAUCACGACUGGUAUUUUUGCCAAAUAUCACGUACAAAUCAUGCUAUUAUUUGUUUAUACUACUACCCACAAAGGUUUGUAAUUUUCACAUGUAGGUAUUUCAAAUUAAGCUGAAAUACCACUGCUCUAAGCCAAUCAAAUUACAGAAUUUUCUCAUGUCUAGUAGUAUAAAUAUUGUAAUUAUUGUAAUAUUAAUAAUUUUUAUGUGCAGCAUGAGAAAUUUAUUUAUUUGUAUUAUGUACCUAUUAAUUUUUUUGCAGCAGCACUGAGCUAAUGAACAUCAAUUUCUACAUUGUUGUACCUGCUCUUGUGGUAUCACAUCUCAUUGCAUUUGGAAUUGGGUAAGUUAUGUGUAACUUCAUUUUCUAUUCUGGUCAUGGCACAGUUAAGGCGGUAAUUGUCUGGCAAAUUUGUUGAUAGCCCACAAGUGGUAUUUUUGUAGCUCUCUUUGUAUAACUUAUAUAUGCCUACUUGGUCUAAAACAAUAGCUAUACUUGUAAAUUACACUUGUAAAAGAUUAAUCAACAUAAUUGAACCCAGCACAAAUCUCCUGAUUCCCUGUACAUCUACACUGUGCAUGUACACUGGUCACCAAAUCUCUCAGAUUAAAGAUCAACCUUUUAGUUUUUCUGCACUCAUAGUUUGGAAUUUAACAUUUUUUCCCAAAGUUUGAAUUUGUUUUUGAUUCAUAGUGUGGUUUCUGCAGAAUAUUGGCACGUAUUUCUUCAUUACAAUCAUAGAACUGACUGGUCACUACUUAAUUAAUGACCACAAUUUGUUUCAUUAUUUGUUUUGCAGAGUUUACGUUGGACGGCGCGUGGUUCAAGUGGAUCUAUGA